AUGGCUGCCAAGAUCAUGAUGAACGCCUCCAUCCCCAUCCACCCGUACUCCCCCGGGGGUGCAAUGCUCCCUGGCUACGUCGCCAACACCCUUAGUGCCAAUGAACUGCGAGCCAUCUUUGCUGUUGGCGCCGCAGUCAUUCUCGGGUCGACGUACCGCAUCGUCAAGAAGACGCGACCCGACCUGCCCGGCGGCGAGAUGGCGACGACGUUGUGGUUCACUCUGAGUGCCUUUAUCCACUUCUUCUUCGAAGGCUACUUCUCGUACAACCAGGCCGACAUGCCGACCAGCCUCCACAUCUUCGGCCAGCUGUGGAAGGAGUACUCGCUGUCCGACUCCCGCUACCUGACGCAGGACUCCUUCAUCGUCUGCAUGGAGACCAUCACGGCCGUCUUCUGGGGCCCGCUGUCCUUCGCCUGCGCCUGCUGCAUCGUCGCCGGCCACCCGCUCCGCCACCCGCUGCAGCUCGUCGUGAGCCUCGGCCAGCUCUACGGCGACGUCUUGUACUUCGCGACGUGCUCCUUCGACGAGCUCGUCUACAGCGUCAUCUACUGCCGGCCCGAAGACUUUUACUACUGGUGGUACUACGUCUUCUGCAACGCCUUCUGGAUCGUCAUCCCGUUUUGCCUCAUCCUCAAGAGCUGCGCGGAAACGAAGCGGGCUUUUGAAAAGGUCGCGGCGAUGGAGAAGGCAUCGCAUUCGAAGAAGAACGCGUGA